AUGGCAGACGACGACGAGCGGCGGCCGCUCCUGGCCGACACGGCGAGCAUACACGCCUCCUCGUCGACAGACGACGACGCCGUCACGGCCAAGGACCGGCCGUCGCGCUCCGUCGACGACGACGUGCUCCCCGAGACGUCCUCCCUGGGCCGCAACCUCUCGUGGACGAGCUCGUACAUGCUCGUGAUAUCGCGCGUCAUCGGCAGCGGCAUCUUCGCCACGCCCGGCACCAUCCUCCAGGCCGUGGGCAGCCCGGGCCUCUCGCUGCUCCUCUGGGCCGUCGGCGCGCUCGUGGCCGCGGCCGGGCUCGCCGUCGCCCUCGAGUACGGCUGCAUGCUGCCGCGGUCCGGCGGCCAAAAGGUCUACCUCGAGUUCACGUACCGCCGCCCGCGGUUCCUGGCGUCGACCCUCGUCGCCGUCAACGCCGUGCUGCUGGGCUUCACCGCCAGCAACUGCGACCUGCUGGGCUGGGUCAAGAUGGCCAUUGUCGCCUUCAUGGUCCUCUGCGGGGGCUACGUCGUGGCCCUCCGGCCGGCCACGGGGCCGCGGGGCGCCGGCGCGCUGCUGUCGUGGGAGCGGCUGUGGCGCGACAGCAACUGGGGCUGGGGCGUCGUGUGUCCGGCCCUGUUCAAGGUCUUUUACUCGUACGCCGGGCUGGACAAUGUGAGCAACGUGCUCAACGAGGUCCGCGACCCCGUGCGGACGCUGCGCUCCGUCACCCUCACGGCGCUGCUCACCUCGUGCGCCCUCUACCUCCUCGUCAACGUCGCCUACCUGCUCGUCGUGCCCCUCGACGACAUCAGGGGCAGCGGGGAGCUCAUUGCCGCCCUGUUCUUUGAGCGCGUCUUUGGGGAGCACGUCGGCAGAAAGGUGCUGCCCCUGGCCGUCGCCCUGUCGGCCGUCGGCAAUGUCAUGGUCGUGGCCUUUGCAAUGGCGCGCCUCAAGCAGGAGAUUGCGAGACAGGGCUUCCUCCCCUUCUCCGACGUCCUCUCGUCCACCAAGCCGUUCAACUCGCCCGUUGGCGGCCUGCUGGUCAACUACGUUCCCUCCCUGCUCGUCAUUGUCCUGCCCCCCUCGAGUGAGGUCUACUCCUUCAUCCUCGAGGUCGAAGGGUACACGGGGCAGAUCUUUGGCCUGGCCACUGGCCUGGGCCUACUGUGGCUGCGGUACAAGCGGCCGCAUCUUAAGCGGCCCUUUAAAGCGUGGAUUUCGGCCGUGGUCUUGAGGUUGUUGCUGGGCGUUGGCCUGCUUGCGGCGCCAUUCUUCCCGCCGGCCGACAAGUACAAGGGCGGUCUGUUCUACGCUACGUAUGCCAUUGUGGGAGCGGGCACGUAA